GCGUGGCAGAGGCAGGUCUCGCGUGGAGAGGAAAAUCACCUAGACAACCGGGGCGAGGAACGAAUUACAUCCAGAUUUUCUGCACAGAGAAAAUUAUCAAGGGUAUUGAUUUCAGUCCCUGAAAUUUGAGAAGAAGCUACGAUUCAACGAAGGAACCAUGUCAAAGGGACCAGCAGUAGGAAUUGACCUGGGCACCACCUACUCCUGUGUAGGAGUGUUUCAGCAUGGUAAGGUCGAAAUCAUUGCCAAUGACCAGGGGAACAGGACCACACCCAGUUAUGUAGCCUUUACUGACACAGAGAGGCUAAUUGGAGAUGCUGCCAAAAAUCAGGUGGCCCUCAACCCCAAUAACACAGUGUUUGAUGCAAAGCGGCUGAUUGGGCGCCGUUUUGAUGACGCCGUUGUCCAGUCAGACAUGAAACAUUGGCCUUUCACAGUCAUUAAUGAUAACACUCGGCCCAAAGUGAAGGUGGAGUACAAGGGGGAGACAAAGACCUUCUACCCUGAGGAGAUCUCCUCCAUGGUGCUGCUAAAAAUGAAGGAGAUUGCUGAGGCUUAUCUUGGCAAGACUGUUACAAAUGCUGUGGUGACUGUACCCGCCUACUUCAAUGACUCCCAGCGCCAGGCUACCAAAGAUGCUGGGACCAUCUCUGGGCUGAAUGUCCUGCGAAUUAUUAAUGAGCCCACAGCUGCUGCCAUCGCUUAUGGCCUCGACAAAAAGGUCGGCUCUGAGAGAAAUGUUCUCAUCUUUGAUCUUGGUGGUGGCACUUUUGAUGUGUCCAUCUUGACAAUUGAAGACGGCAUCUUCGAGGUGAAAUCUACGGCAGGCGACACUCAUUUGGGUGGUGAAGAUUUUGACAACCGCAUGGUGAACCACUUCAUCUCUGAGUUCAAACGCAAGUACAAGAAGGACAUCAGUGACAACAAGAGGGCAGUGCGGCGCCUGCGCACGGCCUGUGAGAGAGCCAAGCGUACCCUGUCCUCCAGCACUCAGGCCAGCAUUGAAAUUGACUCCCUAUAUGAGGGCAUCGAUUUUUACACGUCCAUCACCAGGGCUCGCUUUGAGGAGCUUAACGCAGACCUGUUUAGAGGAACGCUGGAGCCUGUAGAAAAGGCUCUCCGAGAUGCCAAGAUGGACAAGGCUCAGGUCCACGACAUCGUCCUGGUGGGAGGGUCAACUCGUAUUCCAAAGAUCCAGAAGCUUCUGCAGGACUUCUUUAAUGGGAAGGAACUAAACAAGAGCAUUAACCCUGAUGAGGCAGUGGCCUAUGGUGCAGCUGUCCAAGCAGCCAUAUUGUGCGGUGAUAAAUCAGAGAAUGUUCAGGACCUGCUGCUGCUGGAUGUCACCCCUCUAUCUCUGGGAAUCGAGACCGCAGGUGGAGUCAUGACCGUGCUAAUCAAGAGGAACACCACCAUUCCCACAAAGCAGACCCAGACCUUCACCACCUACUCAGACAACCAGCCUGGUGUGCUCAUUCAGGUGUUUGAGGGAGAAAGGGCCAUGACCAAAGAUAACAACCUGCUGGGGAAAUUUGAUCUGACUGGAAUACCUCCAGCACCUCGAGGAGUUCCUCAGAUUGAAGUAACAUUCGAUAUUGAUGCCAAUGGCAUCAUGAAUGUCUCUGCAGUCGACAAGAGCACUGGAAAGGAGAACAAAAUCACUAUCACAAAUGACAAAGGCCGCUUGAGUAAGGAGGAUAUUGAACGUAUGGUUCAGGAAGCAGAGAAGUACAAGGCUGAAGAUGAUGUGCAGCGGGAAAAGGUUGCAGCCAAGAAUGGUCUGGAAUCUUAUGCUUUCAACAUGAAGUCGACAGUUGAGGAUGAGAAGCUGAAGGACAAGAUCAGUGAGGAGGACAAGAAGAAGAUCCUGGAAAAAUGUAACGAGGUCAUCAGCUGGCUGGAUAGAAAUCAGACCGCAGAGAAAGAAGAGUUUGAGCACCAGCAGAAGGAGCUUGAGAAGUUGUGCAACCCAAUCAUGACCAAGCUGUACCAGAGUGCUGGGGGGAUGCCAGGAGGGAUGCCAGGGGGGAUGCCAGGAGCUGGUGGAGCUCCUGGAGCAGGAGGAGCAUCUUCUGGCCCCACCAUCGAGGAGGUCGACUAAACUACAGGAGGCUGUUCAGUUGUUCUGUUUACUUGAUGUCACAAAAUGCCUUAUUUUCACAGCAAAUGUUCUGAAGAGUGAACCCAUAACUGCAGUUGUUCAUGGCACCAUUUAUUUAUUUUCCCAGGUUUGAGUUAAACUGUUUGUU